CUUGCCUACGGAGCUGUGAGGGGAACGGCACCUCAGUACCUCCAGGCUCUGAUCAGGCCCUACACCCAAACAAGUGCACUGCAUUCAUCCACCUCUGGCCUGCUCGCCUCCCUACCACUGAGGAAGUACAGUUCCCGCGCAGCCCAGUCAAAACUGUUCGCUGCUCUGGCCCCCCAAUGGUGGAACAAACUCCCUCACGACGCCAGGACAGCGGAGUCAAUCACCACCUUCCGGAGACACCUGAAACCCCACCUCUUUCAGGAAUACCUAGGAUAGGAUAAAGUAAUCCUUCUCACCCCCCCCCCCUCCCUUAAAAGAUUUAGAUGCACUAUUGUAAAGUGGCUGUUCCACUGGAUGUCUUAAGGUGAACGCACCAAUUUGUAAGUCGCUCUGGAUAAGAGCGUCUGCUAAAUGACUUAAAUGUAAAUGUAUUGGAACAGUUUAACUGCAUCACUGACUUGCAAUGACAAAGAUUGAUAGUAAACAUGUUAAUGAAAGGUAUUAUCUUCUGCCUAUCUGUGUUACUCCCAUAGAUUUCUGACUGGUACACAAUCCAUGCCCAACUCAGGCUGCAGGUCGUCAAUGCUCAACUGGAAGUCUAUGACUAUAAAUACAAGUUAAUUUGUUUAUAGUAAAUGUGUAUGUGUGUGGAUCCACUGUGUCCUGAAAGUCCACCAUGAAGUAUUGCGCAAACAAGGGCAUGAAUUUAGGUUACAAGUCAAUUGCAUUAUUUUUCUUGCUCAUGUAAAUCUUUGAAUGGUCACACGUGUACGGACAAGAAUGAAAUUCACACAAACACACUGAGGCACCUGCAGAGUGUUCAGCAUGAGUUAAUCUAUAGGAAAGGAGAUCUGCACAUCCAACUGGAUGGAAACCUAGAGGAAAUGGAACUCCUCAAGAACAACCAAGAUGAGGUGGGGGGUCCUUAUACUGUUUCAAUGACAUUUUAUAUAUUGUAUGGUUCCAUAGGUCUAGUACCAUUACAGCACAUACUGUUUGCAUUGCUUUUCUAUUGUCAAUGUUGUUUGAGAGUUUUUGGAAACAACAAUGACGUCCACGUUUGUAAUUCCUGUGUCUGUAUAGGAAGUGCAGGAAGUGAUGGCCCAGAUGUCUGGGUUGGAUGGACUGUGCUCACUCAGUGGACCUGAAUGAUAAACUGAGUCGCCUAAGGGAGCAGUGUGCGGCGAUGGUCCUGAAGAACAAAACAGAGGCUGAGAGAUGGUUUCAGAGCAAGGUGGACAGCAUGAAGACCCAAGUGACCAUCUGUUCCAAUGGGUCCGAGGUCAGGUAGACAGAGAUAGAUGACCUAAUGAGAAUUGUCCAGAACCUAACUCUGGAGUUGCAGCUACUGGAGACCCAGAAUCUGUCAAUGGAGAGGGACGAGAUGGAAGUGAACGAGAAAUACAGUGUUCACCUCAAUCGGCUUCAGCAGCACUUAGACAGCCUGGAGGAGGAGGAGCUGCUGCAGCUAUGUACAGCCACAGAGCAGCAGGAGGUCCCAGUACCAGAUGCUACUGGACAUCAAUAUCAGGCUGGAGCGGGUGAUUGCUGAGUACAGGAGGCUGCUGGAUGGAAGGGGAGCCAGCAGGAAAUCAAGCGCCAACGCCAUGGCUAGUGUCACGUCUCACUGUGCAAUGAGCAAUGGAACUACCUUCCAACACAUCUUCAUGCCAAUUCAGAGUUCCUCCAUUAGCGUACCAAGAGCAAGUGUGCCAAGUAUUAGUGAGACCUCAAGAGAGACCUCAAGCAGUUUGGAAAAUGGAGGACAAGUGGUAGGUGCAGCCAUUGGGGGCACAGGUUACCCGUGUGCAGAAAGUAUCUCUGUACAACGCCUUUGAUAAAAGAGAAGAGUACAGUGUACACAAACUACUAAUCAGGUUAGCACUGUGAAAGAAGACCAAAGCAAGAGUUUAAAAAGUGGGCACCAAGUUGAAUAUUCAGAGAGUUGCGCCAACACCAGCUCUGCACAACAUGGAGCUAGCGCUAACACCAGCUCUGCACAACAUGGAGCUAGCGCUAACACCAGCUCUGCACAACAUGGAGCUAGCGCUAACACCAGCUCUGCACAACAUGGAGCUCACGCUGUGAGCAGCGUUGAGGGUAAAACCACCACUGUCAGUAGAGUCAGACCACUUGAUAAAAUCAGUGUGAUUAUUUCAACAGCUCAGAUUAGCGAAGAUGCAUCUCAGAUGAAAGACACAGAAGUUGUUCAGAUCACUAGUAGCGAUGUUGAUGUUACCAAUGUUAACUGUGGAGGACCGACUGUUAGCAAGGUGAAUUAAGAAGAGAUAAGCAUUGCCAAUGACACAGUACAAGUAGCAGUGAGGAGGCCGAGGUGGUAGUUACUAAUAGCAUAGUAAGCUAGGCUAAGGAAACUGUGAUCCAGGUGAAGAAAGUGGAAGGUCCAGUUCCAAUCAGCAGUGCAGAACAUGGGGGUCUGAUCACCAAUGAUCACUUGCAGCGCUGCAAGUGACAAUACGAUCAGCAGUGCCACAGGUGUAGCGGUAAAAGUGCCAGCUAGCACAGUGGAGAGUGCAGCGGAGAUCACCAGUGAUGUCAGAAGUGGAAGCAUGAUAAAUACUGGAGGUAUGACUAGUGUAGGCAGUGGUGGUUUGAUCAGCAGGACAGGAAGUGGGCACAUGAUAACUAGUGCAGGAAGUGGACGCAUGAUAACUAGUGCAGGAAGUGGACAUACGAUAACUAGUGCAGGAAGUGGACACAUGAUAACUAGUGCAGGAAGUGGAGGUAGACCAAGUAGCACAGGAAGUGGAGAAUGGAUGGUUUAUGGUAGAAGUACAGGAAGACUCAGUGGUCCAGGUAGCGGAAGCAGACUCAGUGGUCCAGGUAGUGGAGUCAGACUCAGUGGUCCAGGUAGUGGAGUCAGACUCAGUGGUCCAGGUAGUGGAGUCAGACUCAGUGGUCCAGGUAGUGGAGUCAGACUCAGUGGUCCAGGUAGUGGAGUCAGACUCAGUGGUCCAGGUAGUGGAGUCAGACUCAGUGGUCCAGGUAGUGGAAGCAGACUCAGUGGUCCAGGUAGUGGAGUCAGACUCAGUGGUCCAGGUAGUGGAGUCAGACUCAGUGGUCCAGGUAGUGGAGUCAGACUCAGUGGUCCAGGUAGUGGAGUCAGACUCAGUGGUCCAGGUAGUGGAGACAGACUCAGUGGUCCAGGUAGUGGAGUCAGACUCAGUGGUCCAGGUAGUGGAGUCAGACUCAGUGGUCCAGGUAGUGGAGGCAGACUCAGUGGUCCAGAUAGUGGAGGCAGACUCAGUGGUCCAGAUAGUGGAGGCAGACUCAGUGGUCCAGAUAGUGAAGGCAGACUCAGUGGUCCAGAUAGUGAAGGCAGACUCAGUGGUCCAGAUAGUGGAGGCAGACUCAGUGGUCCAGAUAGUGGAGCCAGACUCAGUGGUCCAGGUAGUGGAGUCAGACUCAGUGGUCCAGAUAGUGGAGGCAGACUCAGUGGUCCAGGUAGUGGAGUCAGACUCAGUGGUCCAGAUAGUGGAGGCAGACUCAGUGGUCCAGAUAGUGGAGGCAGACUCAGUGGUCCAGGUAAUGGAGGCAGACUCAGUGGUCCAGGUAACGGAGACAGACUCAGUGGUCCAGGUAGCGGAGACAGACUCAGUGGUCCAGGUAGCGGAGACAGACUCAGUGGUCCGGGUAGCGGAGACAGACUCAGUGGUCCAGGUAAUGGAGACAGACUCAGUGGUCCAGGUAGCGGAGACAGACUCAGUGGUCCAGGUAGCGGAGACAGACUCAGUGGUCCAGGUAGCGGAGACAGACUCAGUGGUCCAGGUAGCGGAGACAGACUCAGUGGUCCAGGUAGCGGAGACAGACUCAGUGGUCCAGGUAGCGGAGACAGACUCAGUGGUCCAGGUAGCGGAGACAGACUCAGUGGUCCAGGUAGCGGAGACAGACUCAGUGGUCCAGGUAGCGGAGACAGACUCAGUGGUCCAGGUAGCGGAGACAGACUCAGUGGUCCAGGUAGCGGAGACAGACUCAGUGGUCCAGGUAGCGGAGACAGACUCAGUGGUCCAGGUAGCGGAGACAGACUCAGUGGUCCAGGUAGCGGAGACAGACUCAGUGGUCCAGGUUGUGGUGACAGACUCAGUGGUCCAGAUAAGUGGUAACAGCGGUGGAGAUCAAAUUAAAUGUAAUAGUAUCGGCAAUGGAGUCUGGACCCAUGUCAAUUCUGAAAGUGUCUCUCAGUUUAACAGAAAAGCGAGCAAUGAGAGGACUGGUAGACUUAGCAGUGCAGGAAGUGGAGAAUGGAAGGUUUAUAGUGGAAAUAAUGGACAGAUCAGUAAGGCAGGAAGUGGGGGAAGAAUCAGCAGUGCUGGAAGUGGACACUUUAUCAGUAGUGCUGGAAAUGGAGGUCAACUAAGUAGUAGAAGCACAGGAAGUGGCGGUAGACUAAGUAGUGCGGGUAGUGGACAUAUGAUCUGCAGUGCUGCAGGAAGUAGAGGUAGACUGAGUAGCAGUAGCACAGGAAGUGGAGGUAGUGGACAUAUGAUCAGUAGUGCAGGUACUAGUGGACAGAGAAUUAGUAGUACAGAGGGUGGUGUCAGGGUCAGCAGUGGGGGUAGUCGAGUGAUUACCAGCAGUGGGGGUCCAGCCAGCAGCCCCAGCAGAGUGACCAUCAGGAACACAGGAAGAGGAGGAAGUGGAGGCAGAGAGCAGAUCAGCGUCUGUAAAAUGGCCGCCCUCUCCAUAUCAGCUGCCGUGAAAGAAAAAUAAAAGGCCCGGGAGGUCUGUCGGGAAUCCUACACAAAACAGGUGUCAGGUGAGAACUGCAUUCCAUCAUACGAUCAUUAAUACCUUUAAAUGACCAGUAUCACAAUGCACCGUCAUGCUAGAAAACAUGUUUUCACUGGAUCUCAGCCUUUCAUCAUUGCUGUGAGUAAGAAAUGCACAGAGGUUUCUGUUUGAACAGUAAUCUAUAAACUUCUGAAAUAUACUCUGAAAUCGUUAUAGGGAUGCAAUUUUAUCUUAUUGGAUUCAGUUUCCUUGUAAAGCGCUUACACUUACAUUUAUCCAGAAGAUGGCAGUAUAUGCAUUUAGGUGAUCAGUUGGGGAGCGAGUCAGCUAGUCUUUUCAUUUGACACAUUUACACAAGUUACUAUAACUUUUAGAUUAUAUUUUAGUAGUUUGAAAUCAAUGUAUCAAAGCUUAGAUAAAGCUUCUGAUGACUUAUUACCUGAUAUUGUUUUUAAUUAUGAAAUCUUUUUGCUUCAAUUACUUCACACUUGUUCUGAAAUAUUAUUCUCAUCUUAUUUAAUUUUAUUGUGCUACAUUUCAAAUGUGUAUUA